GCGACCAUGAACGCUUUCUGGAUUGACUCGCCCGUCGUGCGAGGCGACAGAUAAAGCCUCCCGGGGCCCUCAUCGGACAACGGACAACCACCACACGCAUCGCUUUACAUGCCAUCGCAGGGAGAUGGCCUUCCUAGCCGUGGCGCGUGGCUUGAAACCGGAUGAGAAGCAUCUGGUUUCUCUCACAUAUGGCCUUAUCAUCGGCUCGGCCUGUUUGUCCCUAUUCGUCUGUGGACUACGGCUCUACUCUAGGCUGUUCAUCCUGAAGAAAUUUGGAUGGGAUGAUGGAGCCGUCAUCGUUGCCCUGAUCUGUACUCAGAUCUUUAAUGGCCUGGGUAUCGGGGUGGUGUACUGGGGCAGUGGUCGCCACCAAACCGAUCUAUCCGAAAGCCAAAUUGCCAUGUGGCUCAAGCUGUACUAUGUGGCCACAUGCUACUACCUUUACGUGUCCCUCUCCGUCAAGAUCAGCCUCCUGGUGUUCUUGCGGCGAGUGUUUCCUCUGGUAUGGAUCCAGCGGCUGACCCUGGGGAUGAUGAUCUUCCAAGUGCUGUUUACGGUCUCCGGGUCGCUGGUCAUGGCUCUGCGAUGCACCCCAGCACGAGCAGCAUUUGACCUCACAAUUACCAACUCCAAAUGUCUCAGCGAAUUCCAACUCUACCAAGUGACCCUAUACCAGGCCGUCUUAAUCUUCACCACCGAUGUCAUCAUCCUGCUCACCCCGAUGCCGAUUCUCUGUCGCCUGCACAUGCCCGCCCGCAAGAUCGCUGUCCUGAUGAUGGUGUUCAGCACCGGCAUCAUCGCCUGCAUCUCCCCCUUGGUCCGAUUCAGCACGCUCGGAUAUCUGCGCAACGGCGCCACCGACCUGACCUACGACUCCACCUCCUCGCUCUACUGGAUGGCGAUCGAAUUCAAUCUGGGCCUGGUCGCAGGUUCCCUCUCCUCGCUUCGCGUGCUGCCCUGCUUCCGCCAAUUCGGCUCUUCGGCCAGCCGCGGCUACAACUCCAGCGGGGCCCAGCCUCAGGGUUUCUUGCCGAUGGACAAUCUCCCCAAGCAGCGAAGUAGCAGGAAGAAGGGCAGCCACAGCAUGGGCACGACGAUCCUGCAGGACACCCAGAACGAGAGUCAGGAGAGGAUCAUUAAUCAGAAUCAGAAUCAGCACCAGAACCUGAGAAAGGGUGACGCGUUCGUCCAGACUCAGAUCUCCGAGACCACGUUAUGAUAGCAUCUUUUUUUUUCCUUUGUUUUAUCUAGUAAUGAAUACUUUCCUUUGUGGUUAUGGUUAUGAAUGGGCGAGGUAGGCUAGGGGAGAACACCCAUAAUAAGUACACAGUAGAUAGAGAAACGCCA